AAAUCGACUGAAAACUAAUAAGUACAUGUGCCCACUUGCACUGUAAUUGCAUACAUAUCUAAAAAGUUUGUAAUUAAACUAAACGCGUGUGUGCAAAGUUCAUUAAACUCCAUGUUGCGUUGCUAGUAUGGAAAAAUUGAAGGAAAUUCAAGACGGACCUGAGCGUGCAAAGAAAAAGGGUGCAGCUGUAGCAACCCAGACCAAGCGUCCAAUAGACGAAAGAGCCGCACGAAUGUAGCUACGAAGCAGCAAGCAUAUGUGAAUAUAUCGAUUUGAAGAGUCAAGCUCGCGAUUGCGCAGCUAGCGCAGAAAAGAAUUUUCCUUUUGUUCAUACGGAGCGGGAACAGGAAGGGAAAGAUCGUCCUCCCACAGGCAUUUGUAGCUAGAGCUAGUGCAGCAAAGCAAGAGAAGCAAUAGUAGUGAAUUGUCGGGCGUUAAUAAGCGUAAUAGUCGGUGGUCUAGCAGAAAAUAUUAAAUCUAGAUUUGUACAUAAAUAUUUUGUUUGGAUAUUUAUCUAACAGCACGUACAAAAAGUCCAAAUUAAUCGCAGCAAAAACCUAGUGAGCAAAUACGUGCAGAAUUCGUAAGCAGCAUGCAAGCAAAUUAACACAAACGAGAAAAAUCAUCCAGGAAAAGUGUAUCUACCGCGCAAUCGUCUGAAAGCGGAAAAUUUAUACGAGAAAAAAGGCAAAUACAUGCAAUAUAAGAAAAUCGAUUAAUCGAUUGGCGCAUCCAGCAGAUUCGACAAAACGCUUACUUUAGCGUUGCCAACUAAUUGCAAUUUCAAGUAGUCGACGUUGACGUAACUUACGCAGCCGCCGCCGGCAAAUCAGCGCAGCUUCAAAGCGAAAGCACAAAUUUACGCAACAGCGCAGUAGUAUAAAAAAGGCAUCAAAAUUCUAGCCGCAACGAGAAAACCACACGCCAACACAAUGGAUUUUAUGAUGGCAAAUGCCGGUGCUGCAAGCGCCGUUGACGCGCAGGCCCAGCUAAUGGCCCAGACCGCUGCCAAUCCGGCCGCUGCCGCAGCCGCCCUCGCUGCUUCGAAUGCAUCGCCUGCGCAGACUGCUGCCGCUGCUGCAGCUGCCGCACAACUGCAACAGCAGCAGCAGGUGCAGCAGGCCAUUUUACAGGUGCAGCAACAGCAAACACAACAAGCCGUCGCCGCCGCCGCUGCAGCCGUCACCCAGCAAUUGCAGCAGCAAAACACCAAUGGCAAUUCGAAUAAUCAACAGAAUGGAAGCAAUGGCUCUAACGAGACACGCACCAAUCUCAUUGUCAACUAUUUGCCACAAACAAUGACCGAAGAUGAGAUACGUUCGUUAUUCUCCAGUGUAGGCGAGAUAGAGUCUGUCAAAUUGAUACGAGACAAAUCGCAGGCCUUCAUGGAUCCAUUGAAUCCGCAAGGACCGAGUAAGGGACAAAGUUUGGGCUAUGGCUUCGUUAACUAUGUACGCCCACAAGAUGCCGAACAGGCAGUGAAUGUAUUGAAUGGGUUGCGCUUGCAAAAUAAAACUAUUAAAGUAUCGUUUGCACGCCCCUCGUCGGAUGCCAUCAAAGGAGCCAAUUUGUAUGUGUCCGGAUUACCCAAGAAUAUGUCACAGCCCGAGUUGGAAGCAAUUUUUGCACCAUUCGGCGCAAUUAUUACAUCGCGCAUACUGCAAAAUGCUGGCAACGAUACCCAAACCAAAGGCGUAGGUUUCAUACGCUUCGAUAAACGUGAAGAAGCGACACGCGCCAUCAUUGCAUUGAACGGCACCACACCAACCGGAUGCACCGACCCCAUUGUGGUCAAGUUCUCGAACACACCCGGUAGCACCAGCAAGAUCAUGCAACCACAGCUGCCUGCAUUCCUCAAUCCACAGCUGGUGCGGCGCAUCGGCGGCGCUAUGCAUACGCCGGUCAAUAAGGGCUUGGCCCGCUUCUCACCCAUGGCCGGCGAUAUGUUGGACGUAAUGCUGCCCAAUGGUUUGGGUGCGACAGCGGCCGCUGCAAGCGCACUGGCCAGUGGUCCGGGCGGCGCUUACCCCAUUUUCAUUUAUAAUUUGGCACCCGAAACGGAAGAAGCGUCCCUCUGGCAGCUAUUCGGGCCAUUCGGCGCAGUGCAAUCGGUGAAGAUCGUCAAGGAUCAAACUACGAACCAGUGCAAAGGCUACGGAUUUGUGUCGAUGACCAACUACGAUGAAGCGGCAAUGGCCAUUCGUGCACUCAACGGCUACACAUUGGGCAAUCGGGUGCUGCAAGUCAGCUUCAAGACCAACAAAUCAAAGUAAGAAGGUAUCAACUUUUCCAGAACCAGAUAACUUCAGUAGUAGCAGCAAACAGAAACAAACAGCAAAGUAAUAGUAGUAGUAGUAAACAACAAUGACAACAACAGCAAGCAGAACAGAUACAUGCAUACACAAAACAACAACCAACAACAACGUAGCGGAAAUACAUACAACAGCAGUUGCAGGAACAAAAAGAAAAAAAAAGCGUCGGAGAAAGCUGUAGCGUCCGUCACUGCAGGCAAGUUGGUGGAAAUGCGCGUGUUGGCUUUGUUGGUACUAGUUUGUUUCGAAACUGUUGUGUGUGUGUGUGCGUAUGUGGCGGGAGCGCGUUGUGAUGGACAGGGUGGGUGCGUACCCCAACUCGCAAUGCGCUCUCAUUGCCACAUGCGAAGUACCACGUGCGCGCCAACCGCGUAUUUUCCAUAUUUUGUAUUAAAGAGAUCUUGAAACUUAAGAAAAAUCGAGAAGGAAUACCGUUCAAGAAAUGUUAGCUAGCAGCACAUAGUGACAAAUUAAAUCAAUUAACAAUUUGCGAAAGUGAAAUUAAUUUAUUUAAUUUGUUGCUACACAACUGUGUCCAAGGCAGAAGUUAGUUAAGUUAAGCAACAAAACAAACUGAGUAGUCAAGGUGCAUGAAAAGAACGAAGAAGAAAUUACAAAAGUUUUGUAGCUUAAAGAGCAACUAGAAAGACAGCAUGCUGAAGCAGACAUAGAAUAGGAAAACCAAAGCGAUUACAUUUGUUCUGUGUUAACGUUUUGCCACCCCCACGCAAAUAAAAAGAACGAGCAAAAAGAUAAAGAAAAAAAUGUAUGCGCCAAAUAAUAAAAUGGCGCGCCAAAUGCCGGCUAGCAACCACCCGAUGAGCGUGACAGCAGGCGGCAAUCUGCCCACACGCCCGAGCGAUGUAUUUGUAGCAACCACAAACCACUUCAAAUCACACACAUCCCUCGUUUUUUUCACAAUGAUCGCUGGUGAACCUGCUCGCGUGCGAACCUUCAGAAAAUUCAGGGCAAAAGGUUGCUACACAUACAUACAUACCUAAAUGAAAAUAUACCAUAACCAUAUUUCCUGUAUAUUUUUGGCGAAAUUUAGUAAUUUUACUCGUUAUUAGCACAAGUGCUGCCAGAAUUCAGCUUAAUUGUGCUGCAUAGAAAGCAAAUGGCUAACAACAAUUAAAAAUUAUUACAAAAAUUUUUUGCUAUUUUUAAUUUCGCCCACAGCUGCAUCUCUUAAAUGCGUGUGUGCGCCAUAUGUACAUGUGUGUUCCUGAUUGCGCUUGUACGAGUUGCCAGCGGCAAAUAAGUUGUCGAAUUUUAGCAAUAAAAAAUAUAAUUUAGUUGCUAGCUAGUAUUUCUAACAAAUUCAAUGCAAAAUUAAUAAAGUUUUUGUAGUUCGGAACGCGAAAUUGGUUUUCCUAUUGUCGCCACCUUUGGAAAAUACGCUGAGAUUUUGGCAUUUUGUAAAAUACGUUGUUUUGUAAGAAUCAAACAAUUGUUUAAAAGAAUUGAGGAAAAAAUGUAAAAAAUAUGCAAAAGUUUGGAGACUUGGAUGCAAAAAAGCAAAGUGGAAAUUAAAAAUUGUUCAUUCAACUCCAAAAAUGUAUUUCUGCGUCUGUUCGCCAAUAUCCCUUCUAUAAUCGUACGAGUAAGCGCAUGGACCGCUUAUGCAAUAACUAAGCUUCAAAAAACUUAUAAAAAAUCGAAAUUACACAAAGAAAUCAACACAUGAUUUUUUGAAUCACACUGAGAUUUGUAAUUACUGCUAAAAUUGGCUCAAACUGAGCAAUCUAAAAAUAAAAAAAAAUGUAAUGAAACUACUACUAAAUAACAGUAUAAGAAAAUCGAUAUGCUCAAUGAGCGCCAAUUAGGCAGAAAAAAUAUAUGAAUAUAAUACUAUGCAUAGGCAUCAAAAACUAAAAAAAAAAAAUCAAGUAAACGUGAAUCUUCCGAAACGUCGUAAAAAGCGUAAAACAAAAAAAAAAACGGCCUCCAGGCAGCAAUAUGGGUAUUUCUCAAUAAAUUUAAAUUUGCAAUUUCCAAAGUUGACAAUUUUACACAAAUACCAAGUAAAAAGAGCAAAAUCGAUAAAUUUUAAAAUGCAAUAAAGUAGGCAGGUGCUUCAAAGCUAGAGGAGAGAAUGUUCACUGCAUGGGCGCGUACGCAGGAGCGAUAAAAAGAAAUAUAAAUAAAAUUAACUUAAGCGUUUGAAAACGUUUUUUCUUGCUAUAAAUAACCCAAUAAAUGGCAAACAUAAAUAUUAAGCUUAAAAAAAACGAAUAAAGAUAAGUUUGGUGAGCUUCGGACCGAUGAAAGCGCGAGAAUAAAAUAUAAAAUAAUUUCAAAACAUAAACCGGUACUAAUUUUCAAAUAUUUAAAUAGACUAUCAAAAGCAAACCAGCAAUUAACAUAAAAUAUAAAUAAUUAAAAGAAAGAAAAAAACAUUAGAGAACAUAGUGUAAAGGCAACGUAAAGGAGGCUGCUACAGUAUUAAAUAGCAAAAAGUAAAUUUUUAAAAGAAAAACUUUUAAAUAAGUUAAUAAAGAAAAAUAAAUAGAAAAUUAGAGCAAAGCAUGCGUGCGCAUUUGCAUUAUAAAAUAUUUAAUAUAGCAAUAAGAAAGCUAAAAUUUGCGUCAGUUUUGCAAACAAAAUUUGUAUGCAAAAAAAA